AAUGUUUGUGUCAUUCCCAGUUGAUCAGAGCUAGCCGAACGGUCGAACGGUCGCGUGUACCAGAAAACAGUCGCAUCCCAAUAAAUUGUGCGUGCGUGUGCGUGUCUUGAUAAAGUGUUGAAAAGAAGCAGAGAAAAUGAAAGCUUUCAUUGUCGCCGGAGUGUGUUUGUUGAGUGUACUGGGUCUGGGCUCUGCUCAGUUCCAGAACGGUCGCCUAGAGCCCCCAAAUCCCCAGCUGUGCGCCCAGCGCAUCAUCCACGAGAAGACGCCCGAUGGCAAGGGAUACUUCUUCUCUUGGCGUGACCCCCAGUUGAAGGGCGUUGAGGAGGACUGGCUGACGGCCAGGAACUAUUGCCGCAGACGCUGCAUGGACUCCGUGUCGCUGGAGACGAGCCUGGAGAACGAAUGGAUCAAGCAGCGUGUUGUUGGCGAGAAUGUGAAAUACAUCUGGACCAGCGGUCGCUUGUGCGACUUCAAGGGCUGUGACCGUCCCGAUCUGCAGCCCACGAACAUCAACGGCUGGUUCUGGACCGCCACUCUGCAGAAGUUGGCCCCCAGCACCGAGCGUUCCCAGGGCGAUUGGUCUCCCACCGGCGGCAUUGGCCUGCCCCAGCCCGAUAACCGUGAAUUCAAGCAGAACGGUGCGCCCGAGAAUUGUCUGGCUCUGCUGAACCAGUUCUACAAUGACGGUGUCAACUGGCACGAUGUGGCCUGCCACCACAAGAAGUCGUUUGUCUGCGAGGAGAACGAUGCCCUGCUGAAGUACGUGCGCUACACAAACCCCAAUCUGCGUAUUUGAGAUGAGCUGGGAAGAGAAGUGGGUCCAUCCAGGAGCAGCAACACUCUCCGAAUAAACCAAAAAUGAUAUUUUUUAAAAUGGGAGCUAACCUGAAACGAUGAUUUAUGAUGCGGUGCUGCUCCGGAUACCUUUCGUACUAGUUACUUUCCGAUUGCGAGUGUCCUUAAAAGAGUUUUUUCAGGCUAAACUGCUUUUUUGUAACAACCUUUCGAUUCUCUCUCCCUCUUAUAUUCUGUGUGUGCUUUAUUCUGUCUCAUCAGUUAGUUUAAUUAAUUUUGUAUUAAUUUAUGAUUUUCUUAAAUUAUAAUAAAAACA